AUGUUCGGAACGAAGGCCGAACGAGUGUCGCACGGCCUUCCAACGCUGGUCCGAUGGUUUAUCGAUUCUCGAAAAUGGGAGGCCGAGGGUCUUGACCUUCCAUUGAUAGAUGCCCUAAGUCCAACAGAGCAAGAAGCAGUCAAGAGAUAUCAUUUUGCAUCCGAUCGGCGCAUGUCGCUGGCGUCUCAACUUUUGAAGUACCUGUUUGUGCACCAUGCUUGCGGUGUCCCUUGGGACCAAAUCGUGCUUAGUCGUACACCCAAGCCCGAGGGCCGACCGUACUAUGCGUCCAAAUCACACACGCAAGUGGAAUUCAACGUGAGCCAUCAGGCCUCCCUGACCAUUCUCGCGGGUGUGAUUGCUCCAUCUCAGGAGCAACUUGCGAGACAAGCCUCCUUUGGAGGCGCGAUACCCGUGCCGCCGAGAAUUGGAAUCGACAUAACAUGCGUCAACGAGCGGCGCAAGCCAAUAACGACAGGCUCGGACUAUUCCGAGUUCAUCUCAGCCUUUAGCUCAGUAUUCUCUCCACAAGAAAUGGGGCAGAUUCAGGAGCCCUUCUUGACUCUUCGUCGAGCGCGACAACUGGGCCUCGCCGAUGCGUUCCCAAAGGACGAUGAAGCGACGAUGAUCAACUAUGGUCUUCGCAUAUUCUUCUCGCAUUGGGCUUUGAAAGAAGCCUAUCUGAAAAUGACAGGCGAAGCGCUUCUAGCCGAAUGGCUGCAGGAACUCGAAUUCUCAAAUGUCAUCCCCCCGCCUGUCCCAGCCACGUCACCGCCGCAGAGGUCUACAGCCCCUGGCGAUUGGGGUACGCCAUAUUCAGACAUCAAGGUUUCUAAGCACGGCAAGCUGAUCGAGGGCGUACGUCUGCAGCUCGAGGCCUUUGGGACCGAUUACGUCAUCGCCACUGCUGGUCAGGGGUGUCCAGUUGGUCCGCUUUAUCAAGACAGUACAUGUAGUCUUGUUGGCGAAGACAUUGCGAACGAAAGUGCGGGAGAUCGAAUUCCCAUUAGCACCCGCCUGGCUCUGGGACAACCUAAUCCGUGGAAUCCGGGGUCUGAGAUUCUCGAUCCUUGGUUGCCCGUGCAACAAGUCGACAUCGAUCGUGACAUCCGGUCUUGCGCCAAGGGAAGAUGUUCUCAUUGA